AUGCCCGUCGAAGUCAGCCUCAACACGCCCCUGGCGGAGGCGCUCACUGUCGCCAUCCAGCCAAAGCUCGUCGAGGUCGGAUGGGGAACUGGCGGUGCUGAUGACUCCGCCCUCGCCGAGUACAUCAUCCUCAUGCUGGUUAACGGCAAGACACAAGAUCAAAUCGCCGCAGAGCUCUCUGGCGACCUGUUGGGCCUUGGGCCCGACGAUCCUAGCACACGCGAUUUUUCAUCGUGGCUGUUUGAACGGAUCGAGGUGCUCAACGUACAAAUCAACGGUGGUAAUGAUUCAAUGACCGAAGCGCCCCAAGAUGGCGCAACGGCCGGCGACAUGGACACAGAUAUGGCCGCUGGAGAUGUAUCAGAACUGAAUGCACCUACUGGCCCUCGCUCAAUGCGCAACGGUAACGGCAAUGGCAACCAACGGGGUGGCCGAGAUAAGCGCAUGUUUGGCCAGAUGAACAAGGCCAUGGACCGCACUAGCGAUGGCGCCCUUCACCGAGUUCGAGGCCAGACCGGAAGCGAGCGCAUCAACACGCAUGGGCGCACACCCCCCACUGGACCCCGAGGUCGCGGAGGAAUCGCCCGGAAUAACAACCGCACGGCCAACAUCCAAGCUGGCUUGGCUGGCAUGGCUGCCGGUGGUCCCCAGGCGCAACAAUGGAUGAUGCAGGGCGGUCAGCCCAACCAGAUGGAGCUCGUCGCCAUGCUGGAACAACAAAACCAGAUGAUGUUCCAACUAUCGCAACAGCUCAUGGCCGGCGGCGGCGUCCCCGGCAACGGUCACAACGGUCACCAAGGCGGAUUCGGAAACCAGCGCCGAGGAAAGUCACUCUUCGACCGAGUCCAAGACCCUAACCGGAACAACUUCCGCAGGGGCCAGAACCAAAACAACAACAGGCAAGACACCAACAAGCCCACGGGCGAGGGAGAAGGCGAGGAUGUCGACAUGUCGGGAGGCAAGCGCGAGGGUGCCAGCGCUGACGAUACCUGCAAAUACAACCUGAGCUGCACCAACAAGGACUGCAAGUUCGCUCAUCAGUCGCCGGCAGCACCCCCGGGAGCCACCAUCGAUGCCAGUGACAACUGCAGCUUUGGAGCGGCAUGCAAGAACCGCAAAUGUGUUGGCCGACACCCCUCACCAGCUGCCAGACUCGCACACCAGAGCGUGCAGGACUGCAAGUUCUUCCCCAACUGCCAAAACCCCCGGUGCCCAUUCAAGCACCCAUCGAUGCCAUUAUGCCGAAACGGUGCGGAUUGCACAACGUCUAACUGCAAGUUCACGCACGUCAAGACCAAGUGCAGGUUCAACCCCUGUCUCAACCCCACAUGUGCUUUCGCGCACGAGGAGGGUCAGCAAGGAGGGUUCAAGGAUAAGGUCUGGACCGCUGAGGGAGGCGAGGAGCAUGUUAGCGAAAGGAAGUUUGUGGAUGAUCAAGCGGGUGAGGAGCUGAUCAAGCCGGAGGAGGAGGGAAUCAAGCAGGAACAGGUACAAGACACCGAGGUUAUCGGUUGA